UUUGUUGAUGGUUUAAUUGCAGAAUUUUCGCCUUUGUUUGUUGUAUAAGCAAACAUGUUUUCGCGGAUGUUUGGGAAACCCAAGCAGGAAACUAAUGCUCUUAUGACUCUUGACAAAUUAAACGAGACACUGGAGAUGCUUGAGAAAAAGGAAAAGGUGCUUCAGAAGAAGGCCUCUACAGAGGUUGAGAAGGCCAAAGAUUUUACAAGAGCAAAGAACAAAAGAGCUGCAAUACAAUGUUUGAAGAGGAAGAGGCUCUACGAACAGCAAAUUGAGCAGCUUGGCAAUUUCCAGCUUCGCAUCCAUGAUCAGAUGAUAAUGCUAGAAGGCGCAAAAGCUACAACUGAAACUGUUGAUGCUUUGCGAACUGGAGCUUCUGCAAUGAAAGCAAUGCAGAAAGCAACAAAUAUUGAUGAUGUGGACAAGACAAUGGAUGAAAUAAAUGAACAGACAGAGAAUAUGAAGCAAAUACAGGAGGCUUUGGCUACUCCAAUUGGUGCAGCAGCUGAUUUUGACGAGGAUGAAUUGGAGGCAGAACUUGAAGAACUGGAAGGUGCUGAAUUAGAAGAGCAGCUGCUUCAACCAGCAACUACAGCUCCUGCUGCUCCAGUCCAUGUUCCUGCAGGGAAGCAACCUGCUCGGCCCAUUCCUCAGAAGCGUACAGCUGAAGAAGAUGAACUUGCUGCUCUGCAAGCAGAGAUGGCUCUUUGAGCUAGUCCGUCUUUUAUUUUAACCGGUAUUAUCACGGGUAGCUUACAUAUAGAGACUGGUUAUAUGCAUGUAAACAACUACUGCAAAUGCUUUCACAUUUCUCGAUAUCUAUGUGGGUUAAUAUAUAUAGGGCUGUGUACAUAUUGGUGUUGCAGAAAAUGGUGAAUUCUAUGGACACCAGAAUUUGUGGUUUAUGUUCCUAAGUGAAUUUUAUGUUCACUACCGUCUUCUUUUUUUCUUUUCUUUUUUUUAAAUUCACAAUUUCCAUAGUUAUCUUGUACCAUCUCGGAAGGAUAAUAAUAUAAAAUGUAUUGUCUGUUUCUGCAAAUUGGUGAUUGAAUAAUGUGUACCUUGGUAUUUUUGUA